AUUCCAGACUCGAGCUGAUGUGUGUCAGCGCGACAUGGGGCGGGGGGGGGGAGGGUUCUCUUCGGAGGUUUCAUUCGCCAUCUGCACGUCACUCCCAAACUUUUCCUUGCUGCGCUCGGGGAGUCAGGUUGACGCGUCCUGGAUGCGGGGCUUGAGGCGCGGGGCUGGGCGCGCUCCCGCGGAGCCGGAGCCGCAGAGGCUCCGGGGUUGGACUCGGGCUUCUCAGGUAAUCUGACAUUUUAAAGAUUUUGCUCCCCCUGAAGAGGAAACAUUUUAAAGGAGCGUGGGAUGUAGAGGAAAUCUUCACGGGCCUCUCCAAGGAUGGCAGGCCAACCCAUCCCUCGCUGAGACCAUGAUCGCUUCUAAUCUCCUGGGUGUCUCCAUGUUCUCCAGCGAGAAUUCUUCCAUUUCAUUUUGUGCCAUGGGAAAAACCUGAAGGACAGGCAGAAUUGCUCCCACACAUGUGGGCUUUUCUAAGAUUGCAGUAGCUCUUACAGAACAUGACAGUUGGAGAUCACUUCUUUUUGUUGUCUUUCAGAGUUGAACCAAAGAAGGCCCUUCCUCAUUCUCCAGGGCUUUGGUGCCUGCUCAUUUUUAUAUUGUUUGUUUCCAUUGCUUGUGCCUUAAAACCAUCUUAUCUAAUCGAAAGACAUCCUUAAAGUUUUUCCAGCACAACUUGCAUGCAUCCGGGCUCCUCAGGGGCUCGCCCAUGGCUCUGUGGGCCAGCUGUCCAAGGGCAUUACCAUGAGGCACUGCAUUAAUUGCUGCAUACAGUUGUUGCCCAACAACGAGCACAAACAGCAAGUCGGCUGCGGAGGAGGCCCCCUUCAUGGUCACCCGGAGUGCCCUGCGUGCAAAGGAGAGAACAAAAUUGUGCUCCGGGUGGACGGUAAGCAGAUGAACUUGCUUGCUGUUCUCGAGGUGAGGGCCGAGGGGAAUGAGAGCUGGGGCAGGUUUCUGCGCUUCAAGAAGGGGAAGCGAUGUAGCCUCGUGUUUGGAUUGAUGAUCAUGACCUUAGUGAUGGCAUCUUACAUCCUUUCUGGGGCCCACCAAGAGCUUCUGAUCUCCUCACCUUUCCAUUACGGAGCUUUCCCCAGUAAUCCCAGCUUGAUGGACGGAGAAAACCCUAGUGACAUGAAAGAGCAUCAUCACCAACCCUCUGUAAAUAAUAUUUCAUACGUCAAAGACUACCCAAGCAUUAAAUUAAUUAUCAACAGCAUCACAGCCAGGAUAGAAUUCACGACCAGGCAGCUCCCAGACAUAGAAGAUCUCAAGAAGCAGGAAUUGCACAUGUUUUCAGUAAUCCCCAAUAAAUUUCUUCCAAAUAGCAAGAGCCCCUGUUGGUACGAGGAGUUCAUGGGCAGGAACACCACCGACCCGUACCUGACCAACUCCUAUGUGCUCUACUCCAAGCGCUUCCGCUCCACCUUUGACGCCCUGCGCAAGGCCUUCUGGGGCCACCUGUCCCACGCCAGCGGGAAGCACUUCCGCCUCCGCUGCCUGCCGCGCUUCUACAUCAUCGGGCAGCCUAAGUGCGGCACCACCGACCUCUACGACCGCCUCCGGCUGCACCCGGAAGUCAAGUUCUCCGCCAUCAAGGAGCCCCACUGGUGGACCCGGAAGCGCUUUGGGAUUGUCCGCCUGAGAGAUGGGCUUCGGGACCGCUACCCUGUGGAAGAUUACCUGGACCUCUUUGACCUGGCCGCACACCAGAUUCAUCAAGGCCUGCAGGCUGGCUCUGCAAACGAGCAGAGCAGGAUGACUAGAAUCAUUAUCGGGGAGGCCAGCGCCUCCACCAUGUGGGACAACAACGCCUGGACCUUCUUCUAUGACAACAGCACAGAUGGAGAGCCGCCCUUUCUGACCCAGGACUUCAUCCACGCCUUUCAGCCAGAUGCAAAACUGAUCGUCAUGCUCAGGGAUCCUGUGGAGAGGUUAUACUCCGACUAUCUCUACUUCGCAAGUUCGAAUAAAUCUGCCGAUGACUUCCAUGAAAAAGUGACGGAAGCUCUGCAGCUGUUUGAAAAUUGCAUGCUCGAUUAUUCCUUGCGUGCCUGCGUCUACAACAACACACUCAACAAUGCCAUGCCUGUGAGGCUCCAGGUCGGUCUGUAUGCUGUGUACCUUCUGGACUGGCUCACUGUCUUUAACAAAGAACAGUUCCUCAUUCUUCGCCUGGAGGACCACGCAUCCAACGUCAAAUACACCAUGCACAGGGUCUUCCAGUUUCUCAACCUCGGGCCCUUAGGUGAGAAACAAGAGACCCUGAUGACAAAGAGCCCCGCAUCCAACGCGCGGCGCCCUGAGGACCGGAACCUGGGGCCCAUGUGGCCGGUCACCCAGAGGAUCCUGCAGGACUUCUAUGGGCCCUUCAACACCAGGCUGGCACAGGUGCUCGCCGACGAGGCAUUCGCCUGGAGGAAGACCUGAGGGCUGAGCUCCUGCGGCGGGUUCCACUGUACCAUGAUGGAAGAGUCUCUUUGGGGGUGGGGGCCCCUUUUACUCACAGCGUGGAGAAAACCCUGAGAUUCUUCUUCCCCUCCCAGGCACGUGUUUAGUAUAAGCAUUUGUGGUGUGAAAUAACCUGGCAACUGACCCUUCAUGGAGCUCCCCCAUCUGAGGCCACUGGAAACUCCACUGGGGAAACUGAUCCCUCCUGCACC